UACAAACUAUAGAGGUGAUGUCAUUCAGGUGUAUCUUUCAUCUAUUAAAUUCCUCCACCACUGACUCUUUGGCCAAACCCCUCCUCCUGUGACACUAUAUAAAUGUCACGUCACCAAACAGAGUCAUCAUUCUUUACUACACGCAGCAUCCAAGAAGCUCCCAGACUUUCUGUGAGAGGGUUUUUAUUUUUUGUCUUUGAGACAGAAGAAUCAAGCCAACACAUCAAGAUGGGCAAGAUCCUGCUUGGAAUCAUUGCACUUGUUGCAUCUGUCAUGCUGGUGGACUCCCUGACCUGCAACCAGUGUGCCAUUGCUGCGUUUGGCUACUGCCCUUUUUCUUCAAGUGUGACCUGCGCGGCUAACACCUCCUGCUAUACUGCAUCAAUAAAAUUUACUAAGAUCUCCGUGGGAAUCACCAACCAGGGCUGCACGGACAGCACCAUUAACUGCAACACAACCACCAACUCCACCCUAGCAGGUCUCAGCUACACUACCACAACCACUUGCUGCUCAACAGAUAACUGCAACCCUGCAACCGCAGGCGCCCCGUCUGCAAAGAUGACCCUUACCAGUGCCAUUGGUGUAGCCGCUCUGGCUUUCAUGUGGGGAAGCAUGGUGUAAAAUGUCUCAAGGGAAAUCACAGUAACAACUAGUUGCUCCUAAAAUCCAAACAAGAUCAAAAGCACUGUCCAAAAUAAACUUUUUGGACCUUGUGAGUUUAGAAGUAUGAUUGUUAAGUGUCACUCUUUAUUUUUCUUCUCAUGUUAGGGUUCAGAUUUAUAAUGACAAGUUCAAUAAAACACAAAGCUUAGAUGUCUACAUUAUGGAAGUUGAACAAUGGGAUGUUUCAGAGAAACAUUGAGUUCUUAAAUCUUCUAUGCUGCUGUUUUACUUUGUAUUUCUUUUAAUCAAAAUGCAUUUAUUCUUUAACUAUUUUGUGUCUUGCUGGACUUAAAAAUAAAGAAAAUCUAAAAACA